AUGCUGAGUGACACGGGAGAUGUCUACUCGUGCGGCAGCGGUUGGGAGCAUGUUCUGGUGCCUCCGGGCGGCAGACUUGUGAGCAGACUUGUGGCUUUCACAGACGAGGACACUCCCCCGGAAUGGGAUCGUGCGCGCGGGACUCCGCGAGUCAUCCCCGCACUGCAAGGCGUGAAGGCGAUUGCGGUGUCGGCGGGAGCAGAGCACAGCCUAGUGCUGAGCGAGGCGGGGGAGGUGUACUCGUGGGGCAGCAGCUCGGAGGGCAAGCUUGGGCAUGGCGAUUGCGAGUACAAUGACGCGACAUGGUGCUGCCACGCUCCGCGCGUGAUCCGAGCUUUGCAAGGCGUGAGGGUGGUCGCCGUGUCGGCGGGCCAAAACCACUCCCUAGUGCUCAGUGAGGCGGGAGAGGUGCUCUCCUUCGGCUGUGGCGGGAGUGGACGCGGAGAGUUCUACGGCAUGCUCGGGCACGGCGAGGACGAGCACGACCAUUUCACGCCGCGGCUCAUCGAGGCGCUUCGAGGAGUGAGGAUAGUUGCGGUGUCUGCGGGAGGCACUCACAGCCUCUGCCUGAGUGAGGCGGGAACGGUCUACUCGUUUGGCUCGGGCUACGACGGCCAGCUUGGGCAUGGCGAUUGCCACAGCCAGCUUACGCCGCGAGUCAUAGAGGGGCUCCAAGGGGUGGUGAGGGUGGUGGGGAUAGCCGCAGGUCAAGGUGACUAUGCGGAGACCAGCUUUGCCGUGAGUGAGGAGGGCGAUGUGUAUGGUUGGGGUGAGUGGAAGGGUGGCGAGAGCCGGCCGUGUCUUGUGCCUGGUGGCGAGGAGAGCCGGCAGAUGCAAUCCGGGCCAUACCCCACGGCGUGCUUGAUGGUCCCGCUGCAGUAUCCGAAUUUGCGACUGUCCACAGCGUGA